UCUGCGAACCAAUGCUUGGAGAGCCAUCAUCUAACCUAUGAUCUACACAACUUCAUUCUAGGUCCAAGACCAAAUACGCCCUGGCACUCUUUGCUCCUGUUGUUGUCACCUUGAUAGUCGGCGCAGUCUACCUAGUGAACCGCUCCACGGAGGAGCAAUCUGCGGUGUACGAACUGGACGAUCUGCCGAGUGAACACGUAAACACAACGAGCAAUGGAACGUCACUUGUCACCGGAUCUGGGAUUCCCACUACCUGGACUGUCACCAUGUUACUGAUCGACCCGGAGUUAAAGCUAGAUUCAAAUCCGGAUAUACGACCUACUGCAGAGACUUCUGCUGAGACCACAAGAGCUACUAAGGCCAAAAUAAGGUCUGUGACUACAAGAAUGACUCCGAACCGCUGGACAAAUACAGCCAAGACUACAGGUAAACGCAGAACAAUGACGAAGAACAAGAAAAUAACUAUGACUACCAGGAUGACUCCAAAACGCUGGAUCAGCGUGACCAAGACUACUAUUAAGGGCACGAGAACGACGAAGACCAAGAGAACGGUUAAGAUUCACGAUAGAACAUUGACACGCUGGGCUACAAAGCUUCUUUCCACUGGCAGUACGACAACGUCCCCAGCGAGGAGGACUGCUAUAUUCACGGUCGACAUGACUAUAAGAAAUACCGACACUUCGGCUUCAUCUCAGGCUGCAUCUCCAACAGCAGCGGAGGCGGCGACGGCUUCUUCAGAUCUCAACAUAGAUUCUACAGGGACGACCACAAAGUCAUUCAGUUCAUAUUGUAAUGUGAGUCUGACGGGUAUCACAGGGCAGUUUAUGUCACAAAACUACCCGGCAGCCGGCACGAAUAACAGCAACCAGUCCUGGUGCAUCAGAGCCCCUGCCAACUGCCAAGUUCAACUGACGUUUCUGGACAUCGUCCACAAUAAUUCUGCAAGAUGUGACAUCAGUGACAUAUCUGUCUACGAUGGAGGGAGUUCUGACGACACCAGGAUAGGCUUAUCUUGCUACAAGAUUUCCAGGAAACUCACCAGUUCUGACAGCAUCAUCUAUAUGUCUUUCAGCUAUGACCGAAGCAGGCAGCUGAAAGCCUUCAGCGCAGAGUUCACCGCCGUCAAUUGCAGCGGUCAUCUGGAUGCUGUGGCCAGCAAAACGCAAGUUCUUUCCGUCCGCGCCCAAAAUGGACUUCCACACAGCGGGGACAAGACGUGGGUAGUGGAAGCACAGAAGGCGCGCGUGAAUCUCUCCUUCUCUUACUUCCAUUUGGACGACUGUUGCGACUGCGAGUUUCUCGAAGUCUUCGACGGCAGGAGCAGAGCGUCGCCGCUCAUCGGAAAAUAUUGUGGGAUGAAAGUUCCUUCGGCGAUAACGUCCACUUCUAAGGCGCUCUUCUUACAUUACCACAACAAUGGAAAGAUAUCGAAAGGGUUCCUCGCCAAAUACGUGGAGGUUACGUAGCACCGUUAGUAAUAAAUACGUUAUAUA